AUGCCUUGUACUGGUUUCGAAUACAAUACACUCCCAUCCAAUACAUCCCAAGACAAGGUUUUUCAAUGGCCAGAAACUAGAGCUGAGUUCUAUACAAAGAAGCUUUGGUUGACUAUGGUCACUUUACUAAAGGGGAAUUCCAAAAUCUUGUCAGCAAAAUCCCAUUUAGUUCCUCUGGCUGGGUUAUCCAAUACAGUGUUAGAGAGAGAUGGCUAUGAGGAGCGGCUAUACCCAGCUCGGAAAUGGGCAUGCACGCAGGCGAAAGGCAUCGAGCAGACGGCACUUGUGAGCCCAAUGUUCCGCACUCUCUUCAACUACAUCUCGGGAAAGAAUAUUCCAAACAUUCGGAUCGACAUGACCUCACCUGUGACAACCUACGUGGAGCCUGGUCCUGGUCCAACCUGCGAGUCGAGCUUCACCAUGGCGUUCCUGAUUCCGGAGGAGCACCAGGACGAUCCUCCGGCCCCUCCUGACAACACAAUCUUCAUCGAGGAACGGCCAGCGUUGAGGGUUCUAACGAGGCGCUACGGAGGAUACUCAACAGAUGAGAUUAUUAUCAAGGAAGCCAAAGGGCUCGCAGAAGCCAUCAAGAAGAACGGCGAGGAGGGAGUGAACUUCGAGCAGUACUACACAGCCGGUUACGACCCCCCUUUCAAACUCUUUGGCCGGAGGAAUGAGAUCUGGUUCGUCAAGAAGGCUGAGAAGGAGGAGGCCAUGAAUGGGGAUGUGGCAAAGGAGGAGGUGGAGGGAAAACCCGAAGUUGCUCAAGAAAAUGGAGACGUGACGAAGGAGGAGUCGGGGCAGCAGGUGGCAAAUGGAGAGGGGGAAGUUAAGCAAGAGAAUGGGGAGGUUGUUCACGUCACAGAUUGAGUCGAGCGAGAUGUUGCGUACUUUGUUCAUAAGACUUUUGAAAAGAUCUAUAAUUUGUUGUCUUUUCUUUAUAUUGCUAUUAUUAUUUUAGUCUAAUUGUUGAAUUGUAUUUCAGGAAGAAGUACAUUAUUUUUUUUAUUAUAUAAGAGUUAGGACAAGGAGAUUAAAAGACAUUAAUUAUCUAAUUUUUAAGGCAUGUCUAUUGAGUACAGAUUUGAAAUAAUUUCCACGUUUAUUUUGAUGUUCAUAGCUUACAUAUGAAAUGAAAGUGAACCAUAAAUGCCAUGAAUAUAUAAUAUAUAAAUUAUUGUAAACUAUAAUAGAAUUAUCUCAAGGAAGCUUAAAUAAUGUAUUGUUAUCUUUAAAACAUGUUUUCAGAAUUUUAAGCCAUAUUUAAUAAAUAGAUGUAUAGUAAAUUCCUCAUGUGAUAGGGCAGACAGGGAUAUGUGAUCUUGUAAUAGCUAUAUAUUCCUCUGUGUAACUGUAAUUCGUUAUAUAUUAUGUUGCUUGCUACACUUUAACUAUUGUUGAAUUAUGUAACAGAAUUUUGGUCAGAUCUCAACAAUAUUUUAGCUAACUAUUUAACACACUCUAUCAGGUAAGCAAAGAGAGAGCCAUAUAUUUUAAUGUUAGUGUUAAUUGUAAGACAGCACAGGUAUUUGUGUAUGAAUAAAAGCACAAAAUGAAAGACACACUAUUUUGGAUAGGAUUAUCAGUAGCAUACGAUGGCUGUGUGGUAUAUUCCUUAAUAGAAAAUAAUGGUUUAUAGCUGCAGAUUAUUGACUCCCUAUAAUUAUCGGCAAGUUGAUGUGGCCUUAUUGCAAAAUAUGUUAUGGUGCCUAUGGUAAGGUUCGUCAUUGUAAUAAAUACUUGCAGUGCAUUAGGUUGUGACUACAUAAUUAUAGAAUCUCUUACCCUAAAACUGUGAUGUCUGUCUGGUUUUUUUUUUUUUUUGUUAUGUAGUUUUUUUACUAGAAUAACAAUAUUGGUGCAUUUGGAUAGAUAUAUAUAUCACUUUAUUUAAUUUUUGUCUUUUUUCCUCUGGUAGUGAAUCUCCUUAGAAAUAUCUAAUAUCCAUUUAUUUUUGUUUUGUUUUAUAUAUGGCAUACUACUGUUAUACUCUUCCUCAUUAAACUUUUUUUUUUGUGA